AUGCUGAGUGCUAAAGACCCCAAAGCCGAUCAGCCAUUCAGCAAGAGAGAGCUGUCGACAGAAUCCUUGCAGUUGAUUGUUGCAGGCUCCAAUAUCAUCACCGUUGCAAUGGGUGCUACCAUCUUCCACCUCGUUCGCAAUUGGGAACUCUUGGACAAGGUCACCGAAUAA